AUACGCAGGUGAACGCUGGGUUGGCAGGCCGCUCAGUCACCCCAAGAUCCUAUAGGUGAUACAUGUGCGCCCGCGGUCUCUCACCUCCUCGCACCUGCCAGCCCUGCCCCGCCUCUCUUGUGACUAGCAAUUUUGUGAGGGAUAUACGUGAAGAGAGAGAAGAUUAUCAAUAUUCAUACAAGCAACGGGGACUGAUUAUACUUCAUGAUGAACGCAAAAUGCUGCACAUCGUGAUGCGUAACACACGUCGCCGCAUUCAGGAAGAGAGGAAGAAGGAAGAAGACUGGCACAGCGAGGAAGAGGAAGAAGACGAAGAGGAGGAGGAGGAGGAGAAAGGGAAGGAGCCACAAAAGCAAAGCAAGAAGAACAAAAACAAAAACACACAAGAGAAUAGUAGUGAAGGUUACAAAAAAUCGCAGUCGACCAUGAAAUAGUCCCAUUUUCUCUCGACUCCACUCACAAACACUCGCACACUUCUAGACUAGACUAUUACUGUACGCACGCUAGCCAUUCAUAACUCAGUGGAAAUACCUGAGCAAUAACACUACUACGCACACACCAGCAAUAUAUUUACCUCAGUCUGCCCUGCAAAAAGCCUACCAAGAGUAUUAUAGUACUAACAUCACCGUCAAUACCUCCGUUUUCUACCAGACACAAGUGAAUACCGAGGUCGAGUUUCUAUUGUCUCGUCUCCUUAGUGCGUUUGCUGCACUUACCUCAGUCCCCACGGUGUAUUGUUUAGCUUUGAGGUUUUCACUGCACCACCAGCUGGUUGAGACCUUAGUUAUUUACCAGUAACAGGGAUAGUCACUUAGGUAUAUCACUGCAAGAGCUUCACGUGGGUUGGAGUGUUGCUAUAGAGAUGCCCUUCUACCGUUCACGGAGUUGAGUUGUUUGUGACGUGUUACAGUGUGUGGGUUACUCCUUUCAAUAUUACUCUUACAUAACUGUUUGGUGGGUUGUAGUGUGGGUUGGCCGUUCUUAUUGUGACUUUUCUUGAUUUAUUGAUGAACUCACAAAAAUUUGCUUAGCUGGGUGUGAGAUUGUGAGGGUGAAGUGAAUAAGUGAAUGAUUGGUUGAUAGGUUGAUUGGUUGCUUUGUUAAUUGGUUAUUGUAAUGACGUGUGACAAGAAGACGAACAAGGCAUAAGUGAAGGAAUAAUUAACUGCACCAACUAAUUCAUCCACUGACUGGUUGAGGGAAUGAGCUCCAGAAGGAAGAAGGACAAGAUAGAAACGAACGAGUAAUAUCACGGGAAGAAAGAAACUUAAUGAAGAGGCAAGACGAAGAAACUAAACACACCAAAGAGAGAGAGAAGUGAGACUGUAGCAGAUAAAUCUUAAUUGAACCUGCUACUUCUGCUGAGACUGCUACUACUACUGCCGUUACUACUACUACUACUGCUACUACUGUUCCAGCCGCCAUCAUGUUUCUUAUGUACAAGCAAUAUGCUGACAAAAAUACAGAGAAGAUGGGCCGCGGGGAGGGGGCGGUGCCGACGAAGGGGGUAGGAGGUUACAGACCCACGAUCAACUGGCGGGAGAUCUCCGUGAGGCGGCGGAGCGUGGCGGCGCGGCAGGUCCUUGCAUGCAUCAUUGUCAGCGGUGUGGUGAUCGUUGCUGCUGGAAUACUGCUCACUGUCCUUGGCUUCCUCGUCAUUGCCAGCCAGUGUCCCUUCAUGUGGCGGGAAGGCGCUGGCUCCUGCUACUACCUGGCGCCCCACAACGCCAGCUGGGAGGAGGGGAGGUCUUACUGCACCUCCCAGAGCGCUGCCCUUCUCCACCUGCACUCCAGGACUGAGGCGGAGUUCAUCACGGAGGUGAUGUCGGGGCGGAGUUGGCUCGGGGCGCGUCGCAAGCAUGGGCGGGACAACGCGUGGGCGUGGGCAGACUCCGGCACGCCCCUCAACUACACACGCUGGGCAGGGAGUGAGCCAGCCAGCCUACAGCAGGACUUGUGUGCCGCCGUUGAGCCCAGUGGAGCGUGGGUGGCGGUGGCGUGCAGCGAUGGUGAAACUGCUUACGUGAUCUGUGACUAUGUGCCUGGCUACAACCCCUUCAUGCUGGUGGGGCCCGUAGUAGCGGUGUGCGGGGUGGUGGUGCUCGUGCUCAGCGUGGAGGUCUGCGUCAGGAGGCGGGAGUUCAUCACCAAGAACCCUGAGGCGAUUACUGAUGACCAGGACGACGAUAGACAGGUGGACCCGGGAAUCAUUAAUUACGGCUACGGGCACUUCGAGGAGGAGGAGUCGGAGCAAGGGAGAGGCGGCGGCGGCGGGCAGCAGGAGGCGGAGGCGCAGCAACAGACACAGCAGCAGACGCAGCAACAGACGCAGCCCAUGCCCCGCCUGUCCUUCAAAUCCUUCACCAGCAUGCAGAAGGAGGGAGGAGCAGCACCAUCCAAACCCAACCCACAGAACUCCAAGCCAAGGAUACAAACUGUCGUGGUGUCUCCGAGUAGCGAAAAGGAGCGGAAGGAGGACGAGGAGAAGGAGGAUAAAGAAGAGAAAGAGGAGGAGGAGGAGGAAACUGCAGGUCCCAAAGUGGAGGUAGUCCCGGCUUCUCCCUCCUCUCUAUCUCCCCCUUCCAUAGAGGAGAACUCCCCCUCCCAGGAGAACCUUGAGUUACUUCUGUCUCCCAAAACUUUAGAGUGAUUUGGUCAUGUUUAUCUUAGGGUGACCUGUCCUACCCUCCCAUCCUCUCUCCCUCCCUCCUUCCCUCCCUUCUUCAUUGACCUGCACGUGACCUUCUCUCUCUCUCUCUCUCUCUCUCUCUCUCUCUCUCUCUCUCUCUCUCUCUCUCUCUCUCUCUCUCUCUCUCUCUCUCUCUCUCUCUCUCUCUCUCAGUAUUGAACGGGUAACGAGCAAAUAAAAGAUGAAUUGGGAACCAAAAAAAUGAAAAUAAAAAGGAAAGAAAGUAAAAAGAGACGUGGUAAUUAAAUUGUAGCAGGACUUUUCUUCUUCUUUAUUCUCUUCCUGUCUUCUUUUUUCUUCCCUUUUUUCUUUUUUUUUCUUUUAUUUUUCAUUACGACUUGAUAUGUAAUUAAAGAGUCGUAUUAUAUUAGAAGAGGAAGAGGAAGAAAAGAAGAAGAAGAGCAAGAAGAAGAAGGGAUUAUGAAUUAUUAUUAUAUACUAUGAUUAUUAUCAUCAUUAUCAUCAUCAUUACUGUAUGUUCUUGUACUUGUCAUUGUUGUCAUUGCUGUUAUUACUAUAACUGUAUUAGUGCAAUUCCACGUGUAACACUCGAGGUUGACAGGCGGGGCUAAAUAGAAGGGGAGAUAGACUGUGAUAGAUAAUAUAAUGAAACGUUAUAGAGAGGCCUUAAAUAUACUCUCUCUCUCUCUCUCUCUCUCUCUCUCUCUCUCUCUCUCUCUCUCUCUCUCUCUCUCUCUCUCUCUCUCUCUCUCUCUGGUCUAGUUUACCGCCCUCAUUUAUUACCAAGGAAAGUAUUAAUUAAUUUCUUGAUACUAACUUACUUUCCUUCUCUUACAACCCUUCCCUCCUUCCUCUCUUCCUCCCUCGCCCCCUCCCUCACCUCUUGUAGUGAUACUGUGUGUGUGUGUGUGUGUGUGUGUGUGUGUGUGUGUGUUCUUCUACGGUUGUUUUUCUUGUUCUUUUUUUAACUAGCUAUACUUGUUAUCUAUAUAGCUGUCUAUCUAGUAUUAAUUAGGGUUAUAUAUCAAUAGAGAGAUUGAGAGUUAGUCAAGAUGUUAUUAUUAUUAUUAUUAUUAUUAUUAUUAUUAUUAUUAUUAUUAUUAUUAUUAUUAUCAUUAUCUUGGGUACACUUAUGUAUGCUAUGUUUGUGUGUGUGUGUGUGUGUGUCUGUGUGUGUACGGUUUACAAGUUGACAGGACAUGAUAACAGCACACACACACACACACACACACACAUACACACACACAGUUCCCAGGAAGUAUGGACGUUUAUUCAAUCAAAACAUUCCAUCAUUAAUUAAUCUAGCUCCGCCCUGAACCUCCUAUAGCCGUGGCCAGAACCCAGGCACCAUAACACACUUACUGUACUUACGUAGUGUGUUCCCGCAACCCGCAUUCAGAAGCGCUUUGCUGUCUCACCACCUUCACAGCGGGAGCGCUUUGGGUGCCUCGGUUUCUGGCCACGAGUAUACAAAGGUGGUUCUCCAGCAGAAGUAGAGGUAACGUAGCGCCGUUUUGUAGACACGGGUGAUGCAGAGAAAUCCUGCAGAAGUGGCGGAGGCGACUUACACUACACGAUCGUUCAUUAAGGGUUUUCAGGGUGUAGCUGGAAGUGGUGGUGUAACAAGGAUGGCAGGCAAUAACCAACAAAUCAUCCUCUCCUCUCCCCCUCUCCCCCCCAACCUUUAUUUCCAGGAAGAUGCAGGCAAUUUGCUCCUUCCCUUGUUAUGCCUUGUUCCAUUGCGAGACCCCGUCCCCCAGUACUACGUUGCUGUGAAGGGUAAGGGCCUGGGGAUGUCAAGGGAGGUUGUGGCAGGCCCGAGCACUCCCUGUACUGUGCCACCCCGCCCCUCGUCCCCUGUAAGUGAAGUUAUAACAGCAUCCCGGCGAAGAGGAAGAGAAAUGUGGGGGAAAUGGCAAUAAUCUUGGCUCACUUAUUUCCAAAGACUGACUGUACUCAUCUCUGGGAUAAAUAUAUGAUGCGCUUUCAAGUCCUUAUCUACAACUACACAAUAAAGAGAUCAGUAUUGAGAUUAAUGAACUGAAUGAAUCUAAACUUAAUCCAACCCUCAGAUGAAAACACUAAAGCUAUUCAAAUAUUAUCUGAGAAAUGUAACUUCGUUAUGUAUAAGAUCUAGUUAUAGCAAGGUCUUGAAAGCUCCUGCCCCCUUCCUUUACAGCUUCUCAUCUCAGCUCCCCUAACCCAAAACACAGAGAAGUCUCCCCAAGUCGCCCCACACGUCUCAGGUCAUCACCAUAUCAUUAUCGUACGUGACAUUCCAUGCUAGCCUAUGCCCAGAGUUCAAGCUUAACAUAGAAGUGCUCGUUUUCUCAAUAUUGUACUGAAUAAAGGUAUAAGAUAAUUAA